AUGAACAACGAAAUCAAUAUAAGAUAACUGCUUUACUACAAAAAAAUUAUUCGUAUUAAACUAACUUUAUUAUACAUAGCUCAUACACAAUCCCAACGUAGUAUUACACUUAUGUCCCAUUAGUUUAGUCAAGGUCGACUCUCUGUCCAUUCAUAAGAAGAUUUAAGAUUAUCCACUAAUGUUACCAAUUCCAGUAUCCUACCUUAAAUCAAUCUUCGUUACAGUAGUGUCCAUUCUUAAGAGUCAAUCAAAUCUCAUUACAAUGCACCUACUCCUUUUACUUAGAUAUAAGUACCCUCCACUAAUCAAAUAGUGUUUUAUCAAUAAAAGCCAAAAAACUAUUUCUGAACUCAAGUACCAGACCGAAUAAAUAAAGCAAGAAAUUUCAAUUA